AUGUCGUUCUUGCGGACUCAGAGCUCCAUGCGGCUCUCAAGAGCUUGUAUACAAGCGCCUAGGUCUACAAGAUGGCUAUCUCAAACGCCACAGCGCCGAUAUCAAGAUCCGGACCCGAAAGCGAUCCCAGAUGCCCAGGCCAUGCAUGCAACGGAAGACCAAGCUUCCCUCGUGGAAGUCGACCACCCGCUGGAUGCCAGCAUCGACACAUACCAUCCUCACCAUCAACCUAAAUACAAUGCGCCUGUCGACCACGGCACCUCGCUAGUCUCACCCGUCCCAAGACGAUUGAUGGACGGCAGCGAACCCGGGGAGUCCCUACCCGCAGCAAUCCUGUCCGGCGCCCCUAUAGAUUUGCAAGCUCGGACAGUCAGAAUCUACAAGCAAGCCAAACCCGCAACGCAAUCCGGUACAUGGGGUUCCCACGCCUGGCGGAUGGACUGGGAUAUCCUGUCCAAAGGCCACCGGUUUGAGAAUCCCCUGAUGGGCUGGCAGUCGUCAGACGAUUUCAUGCAGGGCACCCAUAUUAAAUUCAAGUCAAAGGACGACGCUAUCGCUUUCGCCGAAAAGCAGGGCUACGAGUGGUACGUCCAGGAACCGAACGAACGGCGGUUUGUGCCCAAGGCCUACGCCAACAACUUCCUCCAUGAGCCGGGCCCACACUUGAAACACAUUAAGACGAAAUAA